AAAGUCAUGUUUAAUAUAAGUAAGUAAUGACAAAAAAAAUAGUGUAAUAGUCGACAAAAAUAUAAUGUUUUAUAUUUUUUUAAAAACUCAUCUUAUGAUUGAAUAACAAUUUUUUCACUGAUCUAUACAAAUGUGAUAAAAAGUUUGAAAAACUUUUAAUAAGCGAUUAAAAAAUGUGUAUUAAUUGACUGAAAACUUGUGGGACGAGACGUUUGGCAGGACUAAGCACUGGUAUGCCUGGGCUGGCAUUGAAGCCGCGAUAAGUCAAGCAUAUUAUUAUCAUCGAAACACACAUACCGUUCCCCUCUUUAUCGGCGUCCCUCUCAUAUCGCUUAGGUGUUACAGUUGAGGGCGUAUACGGUGUCUCUACAUACAGUUCCCAUUCAGCUAUAGUUCCCAUUGUAUAUAAUGUCGGCUAUCAAUCUAAGCCCAGACACGGAUCCCACUUUAUCCGCGUUAGUCGACAGCACCACGAGAUUUGUGUCGCAAAACUAUUUAUGGCUCCAAAAGCACUACACCUUUCCCAACGACACCCUCAAAGACCUGGAGGAAUGCCGUCAGAGGGUUCCUCUCAACGACGCCCUCAUUGUCCUCUUGUUAGCCAUCGUGUGGACGAUUGCCAGGUUUUCCGCCACUAAAUACAUACUUACGCCGUUUGCACGUGUAUGCGGAAUGUCCAGGAGUGAGACCAAAAAGUACCCGGAGUGUGCCUGGAAGUUUUUCUACUAUUUAUUCACAUUCUCCAUCACUUUAUAUCUAAUUUUUGGCCAAAACUGCUGCAACUACUUUAGCCAACGGAGUCUUAUAUGGAAAGACUACUCGAUCAACGACUCGAUCCCCGCGAAUGUGCGGACAUUAUAUUUGAUUGAAAUUAGUUUUUACAUUCACUCCAUAUAUGCCGUCAUAUUUCUGGACGAGUGGCGGAAAGACUCGUUAGUGAUGUUCAGCCACCAUAUCAUUACACUGGCGCUACUUACGCUAUCCCUGGCCACUAAAGCCCAUAGAGUGGGAGUACUUGUGCUGCUAUUACACGAUGGCUGCGAUGUCGCGAUGGAAGCGACCAAAUGUUUGCUCGCAUUUAAGUCAAUAGGAGGUCUGUUUGGAAAGUUUAUGGAUGUCUUAAGUGGUGUGGGAUUCAUACUGUUCCUCAGCUCGUGGUACGUUUGUCUGUCGCCUGUAUUGGUUCCCAUUGAAAGCCAUUUACUCGAGUUCCGAUUUAUAGUCAAGAUUUUGGUUAACAUAAUAACCGGCAAAUCAAGGGUUGAGGACAACCGUGAAUACUCUGAGGGACAGUCAGAUAAAGCCAUAAACCAAAGGGCAGUCAAUGGGGUCCACAAACGUGGUAAACAAAAGCAACACUAGAUUUUUGUGGCAAUGAUUUUUCGAUACAAAUUUUUAGCUCAUAAUUGAAUUACUUUUUUAAUGAAUUACUGAAAUUUAUGUGAAUUUGUGUGUG